AUGGGGAGUGUGUAUUCACCUGUCCGUGAGACGGGACGUAUCUUUUCCUACCUCUGUGACCAAGCCGAGCGUCUCAAUCUCCCUUCAGAGGUAGUAGAAAACAAGAAUGCGGUAUUGUUCGACUCUUCUCACGACGAGGUCUACUAUCCCAUUCCUUUCAAGGAGACAGAAACUUUGGCUGCCUUGAAAGGUGUUGAAGGAUCUGUGGCAGCUGCAAUUGCGAACUUGCGCUAUGGACCACAGAAGCGCGGUGUGAAGGUUAACCUUGAGCGAGCUACAGCUUUUGGUUGCCAGGCAUAUAUGGCAAAAGUUGACGGACUGUCUAAGCUGGACCCGGAGGUCAAAAAGAAGUUGAAAGACACCGAUUUGCUUGCGGCGCAGUCGAAUGGUUACCGCCGGAUGUCUGCAAACCUAUACAAAACUAAGAAUGAGGGCGAAUUCUUCCAUAUUCAUGGUUCCCUCGAGGCCACGACGACGCUGAAUAUGAUUGGAUUGGAUGGUCACCGUCCAGAUCUGACAGACUACGAAGAGAUUAUCAAGGUCAUUGAGAGCCAUGUGCAGAAUUACACAGCUGCAGAGUUGGAAGAGAUGAAUAAGGAGAGAAAGCAAGCUGGUGUGACGGCAUUUAAAUACGAAGACUUUAUCAAAACCCCGCAUGUAUGUGGCAUUGUCUGCUAUUCAUACCGUCAUUCAUGCAAUAAUGAGACUGACCGCGGUGAACUUAAUGUCCAACAACCCCCAUGGAAGGUGUCCCGCCUCAAGGGUGACCUGCCUCCCACACCCUUUCCCGCCGGCCGCGCUGGGAGUAAGAAGAUUCUUGAAGGAGUCAAAGUCCUAGAGCUUUGCCGCAUCAUUGCCGGCCCCACUGUUGCACGCAUCCUGACUGAGUACGGAGCAGAUGUUUUGAAGAUCACCAGUCCGAGCCUCUCUGAUGUGCCAUUUUUCCAAGUGGAUGGUAAUAUGGGCAAGCACGCUGCUGACUUAGACCUGAAAUCGGAAGAAGGACGGCGCCAGUUUGAAGAGCUUUUGGCUGACGCAGACGUGGUCGUGGACGGUUAUCGCCCAGGGGCCAUUGAGAAAUUGGGCUAUGGCCCUGAAGCUCUUUCCUCACUGGCAGAGAAACGUGGAAAGGGAAUCGUGUACGUGAACGAGAACUGCUUCGGGUAUGAGGGAGAAUGGGCUGGCCGCGCAGGCUGGCAACAGAUUGCGGACUGCGUGACCGGUGUUGCCUGGGCACAGGGACAAUUCAUGGGAUUCUCGAACCCUGUGGUUCCUCCCUUCCCUAUUUCAGACUAUGGCACUGGUUGCAUGGGUGCCAUUGCAGCAUUGACUGGACUCUAUCAUAGAGCGAAAACUGGCGGCUCCUACCAUGGAAAAGCGUCUCUGAUGCACUACGAUCUACUGCUCUUCGCUGUAGGAAAAUACUCCGAGGAGGUGCAGGAAAAAAUGCGAGCUGCUCAGCCCCCAGAAUUCUUCAAGCUGAGACACUGUGACAGCGUGGACCGUAUCUCAUCGACCGUUCUGAAGAUUAUGCAGGCCCGGUUCCCUCAUCUCUACGUCGCCGCCGAUAAUACCUCGGGGCAAGAACCGCUCACAGAGAAAUGGUACUCUAAGGCCUACGGCGCGGAUAUUGAAGUUGUCCGACCAAUCUGUGAAAUCGAUGGUGUCGAGAAUAAGUUCGAGAGGGCUUCCCGACCUAACGGAACAGAUCGGGCAAGCUGGGAGGAUUUCAAAGAGGUCGAAGAAGAUCACAAGAAGGCUUAA